AUGAAUAUUUCCACGUCAACUAUACAACAGAGACGUCGUAGACCAACACAGAAUGUUAUAGAAGAAGAAGACGCAUCACAACUCAAGCUCGGACCCGAGUUCGAUAUCAAACAAAUCACACAUGACGGUUUAGAGACGCCGCUUAUCACGCUGAACCUUUCGGAAACGAGGCUACUAAUCAAUGCAGCUCUCAAGCAACGAAACAAAGAAGCCAACGGAGCCAACUUUGACGGUGAUCUAGAAAAUAACGACGAUGACGAAGACGAGGAUUUCUCCAGUUCCAACGAGUAA